GAGUCCUGCAUUAAGGGUCAUCGCUCCUCGUCGUGUCAGCAUACAGAUCGACCUCUGUACGAGAUCAAGAAGAAAGGCCGUCCAGUAUCGCAAUGCAACAAGUGUCGUGAACUGCGUAGAACAAAGCGGAUGCACAACAAGUGCAACUGUGUGCCCGGCGUCUGCACCGAACUAUCCAGCAGCGAGAGCAAUGAGGUUGGCUCAUCAAGCGGGACGUCCUCGCCUGAAAAACGUGCAGUGACUCCUUUACUACUUCAUGGUCGUACAUCCUUACAUGUCUCAUAG